CUUCACACUGCUGCUCGCACCAGCGGAGUCGCGGCCUGCCUGGCAUGAGCUCCUGCUGCUCCUGUAUCGUCCCUCACCGCGCCGCUACCGCCUCCGCCUCCCCUUCGAUCGCCUCAUCCCCACGACGAUCGCUUCACCACCAGAGCCACUAUCCCUUUCGGCGCCGUGUGCCUUUCGUUCGCCUCUCGUCGACGCUCUGGAGAUGCCGGACCCGCCCGAUCGGAGUCCUCAAGGAAGCCAACGAAGUGGACGCUAACGUUUCUGAGGGAGAUCCAUCUCCAGAGGGGGGAUUUCGAGAAGAUGCUACCGAUGGGCUCGUCGCCAACGGCGUUGCGGGGGAGGCGAGCGAGGGCAGUUUGGAUUUGGUUAUUAGGGAUGCCGUGCGGAGCAGGAGAAAGGCCGACGAGGAUGAACAAGAGUACGAUAGGUACACUAUGCGCAACGGAAGGGAGGUAUUUCAAGAGAAAGCCUACCUUGUUGGUGUUGAAUGUAAAGGUUCUGAAGCAAACAUUUUCAGUAUCGAGGAGUCACUUAAAGAGCUUGCACAAUUAGCUGAUACUGCUGGACUGUGGGUUGUUGACUCUACCUAUCAAAAGCUUGCCAAUCCCAAUCCGAGGACUUAUAUUGGCUCUGGAAAGGUUGCUGAAAUCAAGAGUGCAAUUCAUGCACUGGAUGUUGAAACUGUAAUAUUUGAUGAUGAGUUGUCAGCAGGACAACUCCGCAACUUGGAGAAAGCGCUUGGUGGAGAUGUUCGUGUAUGUGAUCGAACUGCUCUGAUUCUUGAUAUCUUUAAUCAAAGGGCUGCUACUCAUGAAGCAGCUUUGCAGGUUUCUUUAGCACAGAUGGAAUACCAACUUCCCAGGUUAACAAAAAUGUGGUCUCACCUUGAACGUCAGGCUGGAGGCAAGGUUAAGGGAAUGGGAGAGAAACAAAUUGAAGUGGACAAGCGUAUCUUACGCACACAAAUUAGUGCAUUGAGAAAAGAAUUAGAAUCUGUACGGCAACAUCGAAAGCAAUAUCGUAAUCGGCGUCUAUCAGUACCUGUUCCUGUUGUGUCCCUGGUUGGCUAUACAAAUGCUGGCAAAAGUACGCUCUUGAAUCGCCUGACUGGUGCUGAUGUCCUUGCUGAAGAUCAGCUCUUUGCGACACUGGAUCCAACUACCAGAAGGGUGCAGAUGAGAAAUGGAAAAGAGUUCCUUUUGACUGAUACAGUAGGUUUCAUUCAGAAGCUGCCUACGAUGUUGGUAGCUGCAUUUAGAGCAACACUAGAGGAAAUAUCCGAGUCAUCCCUUAUAGUUCAUGUUGUGGACAUCAGCCAUCCCCUAGCUAAUCAGCAGAUUGAUGCCGUUAAUAAAGUACUUCAAGAACUGGAUGUGGCCCUAAUACCAAAGCUAAUUGUGUGGAAUAAGAUCGACAAGACCAGUGGUCCUGACACAUUAAAAUCAGAAGCAGAAAAAAUAGGUGCUGUAUGCAUAUCAGCAAUUAAUGGUGAUGGAUUGGAGCAAUUCUGCAGUGCGGUUCAAGCAAAACUGAAGGACUCAUUGGUUCCUGUGGAAGCUUUAAUUCCUUACGAAAAAGGCGAGCUCCUUAACUCGAUACAUCAGGUUGGACUGGUUGAGAGAACUGAAUACAAGGAGAAUGGGACCUUGGUGAUAGCACAUGUUCCUCUUCCACUUGCAAGGCUACUAGCUCCAAUGAGGCAACUAACUGCAGCACAAUGAUUCUCUUAUAAUCUGUUAUAAUCUUAUGGUAGUUCUUAUAUUCUUCUAUUGAGUUAUAUUUGUAAUAUGUAUUCUCAGUGAUGAAAAAAAAAAGUACUUCCAAUGAUAUAACAGCCAUAUUUUUUUUAUAAUUUAAUUAAUACUGUAAAAGGAGCAAGUUACAUUUUCCUUAAUAUUUUGUAAAUCGAAUUCUGUGUGUUCUCCAUUGUUUAUAUUAGAUUCAGAUUAUACUUCACCCUUU